AUGGAUAUCCAAACAGACGAAGACAUAGAAGAGCAAAUUAAAAAGAGGCAGGAAGAUCAGGAUACAGGAACGGUCUGGGCCAUAAGCUCAACGGACGGAACAUAUGAGGGGUUCAAAAAGGUGAAACAGAUGACCUGGCAAAUUCAAGCAUACAGGAGAGUAAAAGAACAAAAGGGCAACCCAAUAGCAUUCGCUAGCACGACGGAUCUGGCCAUCUUCACAUGGCUAGAAAUGAAAAGAGGGAUUGCCCGUAUCUUUAAAGAGAGGUACCCGGAUAUCGACGAGGUGGGCCCAGAAGAUUUGCUAGAAAGCGGGGUAAUACACCUGACACAAACGUCAAGAGUCACAAUCCGAGGUGAGGAGAAAGUGAAGGAGAGAUUUGUCUUUCGCGCCGUCGUAGACACGGGCGAAGGCGGCCCAGAGAGAUUUGUGUUUACCGCGCUUAAGAAAUUAAAAGACUCAGCAGUUAAAAAUUCCUGCGUCAAGUUCGCACUACCAAUUCCAGAAGAACUGGACCAACAGACGGCUCUCAAGAUGGUAGAUUACAUCUUUGGAGACUCAACCGUUAACGUAACAAUGCAUAUCCCAAACAGCAUGAAGAAAAUCCUGAAGGAAGAGGAAACAGAGCCAAAAGCGAAAAGAAAUAGGGCCGCAGAAACGGAAACUCUACUGAUUAAAGCGAAAGGGACGUCGUAUGCUGACCUACUGAGGGAGGUCAAAGAAAAGGUCGACAUAAAUGGUAUAAACGUGACCGUAAAAUCCAUCAAAAAGACAAAAAACGGAGAUCUCCUCAAGGAUCAGUGGCAAAUCUAA